AGAGGAGCAGGCGGCGGAGACUCGCCAGUCGGGAGUUGAGUGUUCAGUGGCGACGGAGCGCGCGAGAGUCAUUCUGUCUGAAGAGAAGCGGAGGAGUCGCGUUCAACUCUCCUCGAGCGCGCUUUCCCAGUCUUCCAGUCCGUUGCACGCGCGGGAGGAGAUGAGCGUAUUUUGGACCGUUUGGACUGUGUGAGAAGCAGCAGCGCGUGGAGCCGAGCUGGAUGUAGUGGAGGACAAGCUGCUGGCUGUGGCAGCGGCGCAGCGCGAGCUGCACUUUCAGUCAAGUCGCGAGGAGUGUUUCGGACGGCUCCGUGGCGGGUUUUGUGUGUAUUUUGAAAACGACAGAAACUGACAACAGUUGGGUGGAUUUUCCUAAAGUUUCCUGGUCAGUAGAGGUUGGUUUUCUUCUCAUGAACGCUGCGGGACAUCUGGAACCUGAAGGCUGAGUUUCUGUCAAAACUGACUCGUUUAGGUCGGAGGCGGGAAGUGGUCGGACCCUCUUUUGUCUGCGGCCGGCGUUCAGCGAGACAGCAUGCGGAUGGUGGAGGAUGGGCCCUGAGUUGGAGUCGGUCCGUGCUGCUCUGCGUCGGGCCCCUCCGUCCAGAGGAAUGACGGCUGUGUGGUGCUCACUCUGGCUCUCCCUCCUGCUGCCGCUCUGCGUCUCACCGGCCAGGCUGCCCACCGCUCAGCCCACAGACUCUGUGUCCAGUGAAACUGCUUUCCUGGAGGACUUUAUCUUGGGCAUGGGGGACACCCUGGACAUGUCGUGCAACCAGAAGGACUCCUUAGAGCCCGUCAUCUGGUUCAAAGACGGCAUUGGACUCUUGUCAGGCAACCGGACGCGAGUCGGCCAAGGGAUGUUACGCAUCAUCAACGUGUCGUACGAAGACUCGGGCAUCUACACGUGCCGACUUGCCCAUACCAACACCCUGCUCAACAACUACACCAUCAGGGUGACAGAUUCUCUGUCAUCUGGUGAUGAUGAAGACUAUGAUGAAGAUCCAGAAGAUGCAGGUAAUGGAAAUGAAGCUCCUUUUUGGACCAAGCCCGAACGGAUGGACAAGAAGCUCCUGGCCGUCCCCGCAGCCAACACCGUCAAGUUCCGCUGCGCCGCCGCCGGAAUCCCGAUGCCAACCAUCCACUGGCUCAAGAACGGCAAGGAGUUCAAGGGCGAGCAGAGAAUGGGAGGCAUCAAGCUGAGACACCAGCAGUGGAGUUUGGUGAUGGAAAGCGCCGUGCCGUCGGACCGGGGAAACUACACCUGCGUGGUGCAGAACAAGUACGGCACCAUCAGUCACACCUACCAGCUGGACGUUUUAGAGCGCUCGCCCCACCGGCCGAUCCUCCAGGCGGGCCUGCCAGCCAAUCAGACAGUGGUGGUGGGCAACGACGUGGAGUUUCACUGUAAGGUUUACAGCGACGCCCAGCCGCACAUCCAGUGGCUCAAACACAUCGAGGUGAACGGCAGCCGCUACGGCCCUGACGGCGCCCCCUACGUCAACGUCCUGAAGACGGCCGGUAUUAACACAACAGAUAAGGAGCUAGAGGUUCUCUUCUUGACCAAUGUAACUUUUGAGGAUGCGGGCGAGUACACUUGUCUGGCGGGGAACUCUAUCGGCUUUGCUUACCACUCCGCUUGGCUGACGGUGCUUCCAGCAGUGAACUCGGGCAAAGACGACUACUACGCCGACAUCCUCAUCUACCUGACGGGCUGCGUGCUCUUCGUCUUCGCCGUGGUCAUCGUCUUCCUCUGCCGCAUGCGAAUGACCACGCAGAAGACUCUCCCCACGCCGCCUGUGCAGAAACUGUCGAAGUUCCCCCUCAAGAGACAGGUAACAGUUUCCUUGGAUUCUAACUCCUCCAUGAACUCCAACACGCCUCUGGUUCGGAUCGCUCGGCUGUCGUCCAGCGACGGGCCCAUGCUGGCCAACGUCUCAGAGCUGGAGCUGCCCUCUGACCCCAAAUGGGAGUUUCCUCGCACAAGGUUGACCCUGGGUAAACCUCUGGGGGAGGGCUGCUUCGGUCAGGUGGUCAUGGCGGAGGCAGUCGGCAUUGACAAGGAGAAGCCCAACAAGCCUCUCACCGUCGCUGUGAAGAUGCUGAAAGACGAUGCAACAGAUAAAGAUCUGUCAGACUUGGUGUCAGAGAUGGAGAUGAUGAAGAUGAUAGGCAAACACAAAAACAUCAUCAACCUGCUGGGAGCGUGCACUCAGGACGGUCCUCUGUACGUCCUGGUGGAGUACGCCUCCAAAGGGAACCUGAGGGAGUACCUCAGGGCGCGCCGUCCUCCAGGCAUGGAUUAUUCCUUUGACACCUGCAAAAUCCCUGACGAGCAGCUCACCUUUAAAGACCUGGUGUCCUGCGCCUAUCAGGUCGCCCGAGGCAUGGAGUACCUGGCUUCACAGAAGUGUAUCCACAGAGAUCUGGCAGCCAGAAACGUUCUGGUGACGGAGGACAACGUCAUGAAAAUAGCCGACUUCGGACUCGCCAGAGACGUGCACAACAUAGACUACUACAAAAAAACCACGAAUGGUCGUCUGCCCGUGAAAUGGAUGGCUCCGGAGGCUCUGUUCGACCGGGUCUACACGCACCAGAGCGACGUGUGGUCUUACGGGGUUUUGUUGUGGGAGAUCUUCACCCUGGGAGGGUCGCCAUACCCGGGGAUCCCAGUGGAGGAACUCUUCAAGCUGUUGAAAGAAGGACACCGGAUGGACAAACCUGCCAACUGCACGCAUGAGCUGUACAUGAUCAUGAGGGAGUGCUGGCACGCCAUCCCGUCUCAGAGGCCCACCUUCAGACAGCUGGUGGAAGACCUGGACCGGAUUCUGUCCAUGACCUCCACUGAUGAGUACCUGGACCUGUCGGUGCCGUUUGAGCAGUACUCCCCGACCUGCCAGGACUCCAACAGCACCUGCUCCUCCGGAGACGACUCCGUGUUCGCCCACGACCCGCUGCCCGACGAGCCCUGUCUUCCCAAGCAGCCUCCCAGCAACGCCGUCAUACGGACAUAAGAGCCCGGCGGCGGAGGUCGUGACCUCCGCUCACACUCUGUGACAAAUAACCACCUCUCAUCGAAUCAAGACUCCUCAAGAUAUGGAAAUUAAGACUUCACGCAAUACUUCCGCAGCUCGUCUUAAACUCUCCAGGCUUUUUUCCUCCCAUUAAAAAGACACUUCGAACAUUGAAGGAUUUUGUUUUGUUAGUUUUUUUUUUGCCGUUCUUUUCAGGAAUGAAAUUCUAUUUUUAUACUCUGGCCAGUCUUUUGCUACAAACAGUGGUGUGGUGAAACCAUUCCGUGCCUCCUGGGAUUUAAACCUCCUGGGACUGAAUUCAGAAAUCGUACGCGGAGGACAUGACGGGCAUUUUGAAGGCGACCAAGUAGUGGUGCGGAUCUAUCUCCUCUAGAUCUGCACAGAUCACAACGGAAUGCUCCCUCAUGAACAGAAUCCAGGAAGAAGUUUCCAGCAGGACUCAGAGGAGAAGCUCUGAGAGGCGAAGACCUCCGGCCGCAGCGGGUUUCCUCAGUGUUCAUGUUUUUGGGGGUUUUCUUCAUCCUAAGAAAAGUUGUUUGUUUUUUUUCUCCGAACAAAAUUCCUGGUGACGUGAGGCGGAUUUCAGUAGUAAGAACAGCGCCACUUGGAGGACGUUUUUGUUUUUUUCUAUAUCUAGAAAGUGAUUUAUUGUAAAUAUAUAAAUGCAAAUAUGUAUCAUAUCACUGUCCACAGCCAUGUGUGUAAAGACAAAAACAGAAAAAACAAAUACAUUUAAAAAAAACUGUUUAUUUGAGGAUGGAAGACACUGUCUAUGCUUUGAAACAUUUAAAUUUCUUUUAUUUUGGGUGUUGCAGAAAAAAGUUUUAUUUGAAUAAUUAACAUGUAUAUUUGUAAAGGUAUUUAUAGACUUAACAUGCGGUUCUUAAGUUUGAAAACUUCUAGGUUUAGGUAUUUUAGUACUGUACACAAAGAUUUUUAUUUUGACUUUUUGUAACUUAUUUUGCAACAGAAAUGAUUUUGUCACAAACUGGCAGACGGUUUUUUUUUGGUUUUUUUUAUCCACCUUUUUUUUCCCGUUGGCUUGUUUACUGUCCGAAACAGAGAAAUGAGAAUGUAUGGCAGGAGACGACGUUCCUGAGAGCGAGUGUAGUCCGACGGCCGGACGUUGGCCUGUGACUCCGGAGCGCCACCCGGAGGGGCUGCCGGGUUCUACUUCUGGUUUCACAUGUUGGCAUUUGCACUAAGGAAAGAAUGAUGAACUCUUGCUGUGCAAGAAAUAGCAGCGCUUCACACAGACCGUCAUUCUCAAAAUAACGUUCACCUUCUGUCAAUCCUACAGUUUUAAAGCAUGAAUAUGACUUUUAAAAGUAUGUAAAUCUGACCUUGCAAAUAUGCUCACUGCAGAUUUCAUCAAGUUAUUUAUUGAACAAAGAUGUGAUCAGAUUGCUUCAAAACGACCACUACAACGAUCUCUGUCUGGAAUUAAACGUGGCAUCAGGACUUUCAUUUGUGUUGCCAGGUAUGUAGCUUUUACUAGUUUUAAAUUAGUUAUCGAUUGGGAAUCAUGUCAGAACAAAUAUGUGGAUAUUUUAGCACAUUAUUUGUCGCAGUCUGUAACGCACAGAACCCCAAAUCUCCAUUUUCCCAUAUGUGCACACAAAUACUUCUUGUCUUAUCAAAUCUGACCUGGUCUGAGUUCUUCAAAUUGUUUUUAGUGACAUGAAACUGAGUUUAUGUGUGGAUGGAAGGUCCAAAACGUUUUGGAAAUGUAUUCGUUUUCCAAAAUAUCUGGCUACAUGUGGACUAGGCCUUAAAAACUCUCCCAAAACCCAACAUACAUGCUUUCUUUUUACUCCAAGCUGUGAAACACAAGAGCCUUCUGACAGCCUCAAUCUGUUUUUAAAGGACAAAGGAAUUAGAGAUGCACCGAUCAGAAUGUUUUGGCCCACUUUCCAGUCCUGUUUGGUUUUAUAACCCUUACCUGCCAAUGCUGAAUGUAGCCAAAUCACAAUUUAAGAGCUAUAAACAAAUCUGAAACAAAAAAUGAUGUGCAGUUGGUCUAUCAGUGGAAGUUUUAAUGUCUAAAAUUGGUUUUUAUGGCUUUUGUUACAUGAGGACCUUGUUUAGCACAGAUUGUUAUGCAUUAAAAAAGAACUAAAAAAAAAAAAAAAAGUGGACCAGAUGAGCUUCAGAACUGAUUUGGCAAAUGUGUUUCCCUCUCCCCUUUUUGUGUUAACUUUUUUACAGAAAAGCGAAAAACCACCUCAGGCUAGCAUAAACACUUUUGUUGAAUUUUGCCGGUCCAUAAACCUUUUUCUAAGGCGACACUUUGAAUAAAAAAAAAACGUGAUGAAAACACGGCCAGUACCGGUCACUACAUGAUCGGUGCAUCUCUAAAAUAAAUAAAUGACUUUGUUUGCCUUUUUAAGGGUUAGUUAAAUAGGUUUGGCUAACCCGUUAGCUAAACCUGUUUAGCUAAAUCUGUUAGCUAGCCUACUUUCUUUAGCUAACCCUCUAAAGGGUUUUAGCUAACCCUGUUUAGCUAACAGGGCUAGCUGUCAGCUAACCUCUGGCCACACAACUUCUUUACUUCAGAUUGGACGUGUUAAAUACUCAAAUACAGUGACUGACAUGGGUUGCAUAAUUCUGUUUCCUGCAGUUUUUACAGCAAUAACCAGAAAAUAUUCAUGUAAUUCACAAUUCUUCAAAGAGGUUUUCAUUCAUUCAGUGUAGUCCUGCUAGGACUCGGUCAAAGCCCUUCAAUAUUUCGCAGUAGCUAACAAUUACAUAAAAGCAUCCAAGUUCCAGUGAGUGCAAUUUCAUAAAUCUAUUUUUAAUUGAAAUUGUGCCUCGCAGGGUUUUAAUCACAGAACAUUCAAAGGUCAUAAGGUCAACGCUGCUAAUACUCACUAGUAAAGGUUUAGCUUAAGGGGUAAAUAAAUGUUUUAUUUUUUCUCGUUGACGGAGCAAAAACUGCCCAUUUUAUUGCCUCUCUAUAGUUUUAUUAUUACUGGAUGAAAUGAAGGCUUGUUGUGUGACUCGGACCGCACAGCAAUAAAAUCAAACAUAUGUUUUGUGUGUGUCCUUCGAUUGUGUUGCGAAAAGUGCCAAAUUUAGUCUUAAAAGCCCGACUUUAUCCGAUCUCUGAACCAAAUCCUGCGCCGGUGAAUGUAGGAGGCCAGAAGUAUUAGGAAGAGAAUUACAAAAUGGGUUUUCUUAGUAGUGAGGCUUUCUCUCUCGUUUUUUUCUUUUGGUUUUGUUUGGAGUUUUUUUUUCUAACUGAUCCCUCAAAGUUAAAAAGCAUUCAGUCUGAAACGUUUGCAGAGUCACAGAAGGGAAAGGACUUUUACGUGGCAUUGAUGGGUUCGCAGAUUUACUCGCUGCUAAGUGGAACUGGUGGGAAAGUGUUACUGUGCAAUCAGAAACCAGCUGGACUCACCAACAAGUCAGCGCCAGUACUUCCUUAAGUCGUUUUUAUAUUUGAAGGACUUAAAAUAAAAUACAAAUUGGGGACUAUAAUUUUGCGACAAUGUCCAAAUUGUUUUUAUUUUUUUUUAUUUUUUUUUUGCUAUUGGCACCAAAAUUCUGUCAGGAAAAAAAAAUAGUUCAGUGGAAGCUUUUAUAGGAGAUGCUUUUUGUGUUCUUAUCACAGUCGUGCCUCGAUUACAUGAUUUAGCAAAAGGGGAUUGAUUGAUUUUUAUUUUUUUUUUGCAUCACAUUAUGAAUGUAUAAAUGCGUUUUGUUUUUUUUUUAUUAAAAUGUAGAUCUUAAAGGAUGCAUUCUAGGGCUAAUUGACCUGGUUUGUUCACUAAUGUUAUUAAUAUUAUUAAGUGAGCCAAACAGACAAAAAAAGCACUUCUGUAAAGAACGGAUGGAUAUAAUGAAACAAGUGGUGUUUUGUUCUUAUUUAUUCUUCCAUGUUGGGUAAAAGCUUUCCCUGUGGUGAGAGUAUUUUAUUCAGAGCUGUUGGCUUCUCAGUGUUUUUAUUAAGAGCCAGAAGAAGAGAAUUGUGAUGUAGAGUUGGAACUUUGUUUGGUCCUUAAAAAGCUUUCCUUCUGGUUUAGUUUCAUUUAUGUUUUUUUUAAUUGUCAUUUUAUCUUUGAAUGCCCUUCUUCUCUUUGUUAGGUCUCUUUUGAAAUGGAUUUUUUUUUUUCUGUUCUGGUAGCAAAUUUAAAGACUUGCCUCACUUCCUAUUUUUUUUUGUGAUUUAUAUAUAUAUAUUCACAUAUAUAUAUAAAUAUAUUUUUUGUUUUGUUUUUUUGUUUAAUGAAAAUGAAUUAACAUAGCUUACUAACAUUAGAACUGACUCCAAAUACAUAGUUUUAUUUAUGCAGCAGAAUUGGAAACAUGCAUUUCAUUACAUAUCAAAGGUACUUUUUGUGACUUACAUUGUUUUCUCUGCAUUAAAAUGAAAUUAAAAGAAUAUUUCCCUCUG